GAUUACGGAGGAUUAUUAUUUUCCCACUAAUUUCUUUGGCAAAAAAGACAAAAUAAGAACGCAGAAAAUAAUCGGAUCAAAAAAUUCCGGCCGGGGGGGCGCGAUGGAGAUGUCGCCGAAGACACCAUGCGACGGCGGAACACCCGACGCCGCCGCCUCCAAAAACAACAAAUCUCUAAUGGCCAGUCUCUUAGGCCUUCUCAGAGUCCGCGUUAAGAGAGGCAUUAACCUCGCCGUCCGCGACGUUCGCAGCAGCGAUCCUUACAUUUCUCUCAAGAUGGGAAAACAGAAGCUGAGGACUCGUGUUAUAAAGAAGGAUACUAAUCCGGAAUGGAAUGAAGACCUGACCUUUUCUGUUUCAGAUCCUAAUGCUAAAAUUAAGCUGACGGUGUAUGACCAUGACACAUUCACCAAGGAUGACAAAAUGGGAGACGCAGAAUUCGACAUGAGCGCAUUCAUAGACGCAUUGAGGAUGAACCUCGCCGGCCUCCCAAGCGACACAGUGAUCACAAAACUAAAACCCAACAGAACAAAUUGUUUCGCCGAGGAAUCACGUGUUGUCUGGAAAGAUGGGAAGGUGGUGCAGGACAUGUGUCUUAGACUGAGGAACGUGGAAUGCGGCGAGGUUGAGCUCCAACUCCAAUGGAUAGAUCUCCCUGGCUGCAAGGGUUUGUAAGAAAGUGCCAUGUUUCUUUCACUUCUUC